UCCAUAACUGACAAAUAAACGAAUCCCACCACCCUACAAGGCGGCCUGCUCCGACCCCAUUUCCCCAAAUAACCCAUCCAGCUACGGCGGAGAAACCCAACCCAUUUAAAACCUCUUUUCCCACGCCUUUCUCCAUCCCCGCCCGUUUCCUCCGUCGCAGCAGCCGCCGAUCCAUUACUAUCCCGUUCUCUGUCACAUAUAUAUGUACAUAUAUACAAAUUCUAUAAGAAAAUAUUAAGGGGAAAAAAAAAACACGUACACACACAGUCACGCGUUUCGUCUCGCCGGAAUAUCAUAGUUCAGGUUCUUUUUUAUUAUUACCUGCAUUUUUCUUGUUCUGGGUUCUGAAUGGCGGAGGAUAAUUCACAAGAUAAUGCUGUCAUUUAUCUUCACGGAGACCUUGAUCUGAAUAUUCUGGAAGCUCGGUCCUUGCCGAACAUGGACUUAGUCUCCGAGCGUCUCCGGCGAUGCUUCACGGCAUUUGACGUCAUCAAGAAGCCGUUCAUGCGUCGACGGAAAUCCGCCGCCCACCAUCAUGCAAAGAUUAUUACCAGUGAUCCUUAUGUCACCGUCGGCCUCGCUGGAGCUACGGUGGCCCGGACCCGCGUCAUUUCCAACUCUCAGGACCCGGUUUGGAAUGAGCAUUUCAAGAUCCCAUUAGCCCAUCCCGUGUCCCAGGUCGAGUUUCAGGUGAAGGACAACGACGUUUUCGGGGCAGAUUUCAUCGGGGUUGCCACGGUUCCGGCUCAGAAAAUCAUCUCCGGCGAGUUAAUUGAUGAUUGGUUUCCUAUAAUCGGAUCCUACGGGAAGCCCCCAAAGCCGGACACCGCCAUCCGAUUAAGAAUGAAAUUCACCAAAUGCGAGGACAACCCGGAUAGCAGCCGGGGCAUAAAAGAGGAUUACGGGUUGAAAGAAAGUUACUUCCCUGUUCGACCAGGGGGAGGAGUGACCCUGUAUCAAGAUGCACAUGUGCCGGACGGGAUAUUGCCGGAGAUACCUUUGGACGACGGGAGAGUGUUUGAGCACGGGAAGUGCUGGGAAGAUAUCUGCCAUGCGAUAUUGGAAGCACAUCAUUUGGUAUAUGUGGUGGGAUGGUCAAUAUUUCACAAGGUGAAAUUGGUUAGGGAGCCAAGCAAGCCUUUACCUAGUGGUGGGAAUUUGACACUUGGAGAGCUGCUCAAGUAUAAAUCACAGGAAGGGGUUAGGGUGUUGUUGUUGGUUUGGGACGAUAAGACUUCUCAUAGCAAGUUCUUCAUUAAUACAGCAGGAGUUAUGCAAACUCAUGAUGAAGAAACUCGGAAAUUUUUCAAGCAUUCAUCUGUCACUUGUGUUCUGUCACCGCGAUAUGCUAGUAGUAAGCUCAGCAUUUUCAAACAACAGGUUGUUGGAACACUUUACACACACCACCAGAAAUGUGUGAUUGUGGAUACACAAGCGCAUGGAAAUAACAGAAAGAUAACUUCUUUUAUUGGAGGUCUUGACCUCUGUGAUGGACGUUAUGAUACACCUGAGCAUCGAUUGUUCCGUGAUCUUGACUCUGUCUUCUUGGAUGAUUAUCAUAAUCCCACCUUCACUGCAGGAACUAAGGCUCCUAGACAGCCGUGGCAUGACUUGCACUGCAAAAUUGAAGGACCUGCUGCUUAUGAUGUUCUCACAAACUUUGAACAGCGAUGGAGAAAAGCCACAAAAUGGUCAGAGUUUGGAAAGCGCUUUAAAAAAAUAACUCAUUGGCAUGAGGAUGCUCUUAUUAAAGUUGAGAGGAUCUCUUGGAUAAUUAGUCCAUCCUCAUCGGUUGCAAAUGAUGAUGCGUCAUUGUGGGUUUCCAAGGAAGAUGAUCCUGAGAACUGGCAUGUGCAGGUUUUCCGUUCUAUUGAUUCGGGAUCUCUGAAAGGAUUUCCCAAAAAUGUUCAAGAGGCUGAAGCUAAGAAUCUAGUGUGUGCCAAGGAUCUUGUAAUUGACCGAAGCAUUCAGAUGGCAUAUAUUCAGGCAAUAAGAUCUGCUCAACACUUCAUAUACAUAGAGAAUCAGUAUUUCGUUGGGUCAUCUUACGCUUGGCCUCACUACAAAGCCGCGGGCGCUGAUAACUUGAUUCCGAUGGAACUUGCAUUAAAGAUUGCUAGUAAGAUACGGGCCAAGGAGAGAUUCACUGUUUAUGUGGUUAUUCCAAUGUGGCCUGAGGGUGUCCCCAACUCUGCCUCAGUGCAAGAGAUUUUAUAUUGGCAGGGGCAGACUAUGCAAAUGAUGUAUGAAAUCAUUGCUCAGGAGCUAAAAUCUUCGCAAAUUGAAAACGCACAUCCUACUGACUAUCUGAACUUCUAUUGUCUUGGAAAUCGGGAGGAAGUUCGUGGAGAAUCACCCUCUAAAGUUUCAUCUGGUACUGAAGUGGUAUCAGCUUCUCAAAAAUAUCGGCGAUUUAUGAUAUAUGUGCAUGCCAAGGGAAUGAUAGUGGAUGAUGAGUAUGUGAUAUUGGGCUCUGCCAAUAUUAACCAAAGAUCUAUGGCUGGUUCGAGAGACACCGAGAUUGCUAUGGGUGCAUAUCAACCUCAUCACACAUGGUCAAAGAAACAGAGACAUCCACAUGGACAGAUACAUGGGUACAGAAUGUCCUUAUGGGCAGAACAUUUGGGGGAUUUAGAUGAAAGUUUCAUGAAGCCCGAGAGUUUGGAAUGUGUGAAGCAUGUUAACCAAAUCGCUAAAGAUAACUGGGAAAAGUUUACAGCCGAGGAGUUCACUCCACUAGAAGGCCAUCUCCUUAGAUACCCUCUUGAAAUUGAUGCUGAUGGGAAAGUAAAUUCCUUGCCUGGACAUGAAAAUUUUCCAGAUGUUGGAGGAAAGAUUCUGGGAGCACACACCACUCUCCCAGAUGCCUUAACUACAUGAGCUUCUUUUGUGGGUUCUUUUUCCAUGUUCAUAAAAAAUAGUGCUUCCACUCAUCCAUUCUUUUACCCCCUCCAAAGGUAAGAUACAAAAGCUUGUACACUGUAAACCAUUUCAUAACAUCUUUAACUCCCAUCUUGUGUUGGGCAUACUUGAGUUAAUAAAAGUCUAUCAUUGUUCUUGACAGAUUAUUGUAAAAAAAAAAAAAGAUAUCUCCUGAACUUGUAUGUAAUAUAGAGAUAUAUUUGUAUACAAUUUGUCUUAUUACAGCACAAUCCUUUUACGGUCAGCUUCCAGCACCAGUUUCAUAGCCGGCUACAUGAAAAUGUAAAAUGUUUGUUGAUUCAGAAACAAUGGAAUAGUUCAAGUGACAGUUUGCUAAAUUGGCGCUUUCUGCGGCCAAUUGUAAUAGCCCGACUUAGAAUAUCAUUCUAACUUCUAAGUUGUAACUAUGAAUAACUUUGCUUUGAUUAAUAGGGGAUCGCUGGUGCCGAAAACAGAGCAAUAAGAAGCAAAAUGACUUUGUCAAGCUAUAUUAUUAAAGGUUCUUAGUCUCGUGGCUCAAUACAUAACAUAUUAUAGAACUCCUCUAAAUAGAAAAACCAAAUGGUAAGAAGAAUCGGCAUUAAGAAUUGACAAACAAGUAGGUAGGUUUUUUAGAAAAGGAAAAAAAAAAAAAGUUACAAAGUUUUAGCUGACGGUGACUUCACCAACCAUGCCAGCACCCUGGUGAGGAGAACAGUAGAACUUGUAUGUACCUUUCUCGCUCAAUGAGACAGAGUACUCCUCACCAGGUCCAUUAAGUAAGUCUUCCUCGGACAUGGAAAUCUUGGAGGCGUCGACACCCGCAGGGAUUUCAUCCUCGUCGAAAACUACAUUGUGGGGGAACCCGGCAUUGUUCUUGAAAACAAUCUUCUCACCAGCAGCCACCGAGAAUUUAUUCGGGACAAAAGCCAAUCCUCCAUCGUCACUACCAAGCAAGACUUCAAUGGCCAUUGCAUUGCUAGCAAGAAUUGCACUUGCAGCGGUGGCGACAACGGCUGCUCCGAUUUCCUUCAUUGAAGCCUUCACCACAAGCUUGGGGGAUGCAGCAGAGGAGACUUUGAUGCUGCUCACUCUUGAGCUGGAGGAUGAUGCACCUGCGGAUUUCAGACCAGUGAAUGAUGGGAUGGAAACAGCUGCGGAAGUAACGGUUGCCAUUGGAAGAAUUGACGGAGGAUGAAAGAAAUGGAUAGAUUGAUGGAGUAUUCUUCUGUUUGGACGUGGAAAAUCAAGUAGCAAAUGUGAGGGUGAAUGGGAUUAUAAUAUGAGGUGUUGAAGGAUGAAGAUUUUUGCAAGUUUGGAUGUGUGGUUUAGGUUCAUUUCAAGUGUCAGUGAGAAAAGAUAAUACAACUUAUGGUAUGGAUGUCUGCGCAAUCCAAAUGAAGUUAUCUGAUGAGAAUCUUCUUCAUUGAUUGGCUUCUACUCUAUCUUCUGAUGUGGCAUUGAUAUUUUCUC